AAAACCCAGCAUUCUGACCACAUUCAGGUGUCCAGGUUUGUGGCAGUACAGAUGCUUCCGUUGCCGCAAGACCAUCACCGCAUUGUCACCCCAAAUGGAAGCUCUGGACCCAGGGAACUCCAGCCCCCGUCCCCGGCCCUGGGGACCUCUCUGCUCUCUGCCGCUCUGUCCGGCUGCUCUCCCGCCCUCACACAAGCGGGGUCACACAGUGCUGGUGCCUCUGUGGCGGGCCGCACACGGAGCACCGCGCAGAAGCAGGUUUCAGGGUGUCCUCCUUCUGCGGGCCGAGUCGGCCCCUGCCGUGCACGCACACCUUGGCAGCCUCCUCUCUGUCUGUCAGUGGGCGUCAUGAACAACAACUGCUCCAGCCUUGGGGUCCUUGGGGGCAGACCCAGAGCAGGACGGCGGAUCUCGGGUGGCUCUGGGUCUCCAUUCUAGACUCAGGUGAGCUCCCAGGGGCUGUGAGGGUCGCAGUCCAGGGCCAGGUUAUUAGACAUACUUCGGCCGAAUCACCCAGAGGCCCGGGUUUUACCGUGUGUGUGUGCAUCACAGGGACUUUUAGGGAGGAGUGCGUGUCUCCCGGCCGCGGAGCUGACCGUGUAAGUCAUCUUUAGGCAAGGACCGAGGAGGAUCGCUGGCCCAUCCUCCUCCAGUCGCGGCCGCAGCCAGGACACCCUGCAUGCUCACUGCCUGCAGAGACAGCUUCCCCGUCGGGAGCCCCUGUUCUGCACCAGAAGUCUCACUCGGAAGAUGAUGCUUCUUCCUCAGCCGAGACCAAGUUCCCAAACAGAUGAAAUGCCUUGAUGUUCCCUUGCUGGCAGUGUUACCCGUUCAACUCUGUUUUUCUCCUUUUUAGUAGCACAGCUUGCUGUGCUGAUGGAAAAUAUAAUAACCUCGUAAGGGAGACAGACAACAGAUAAGUCCGCCCAUUGUUGCACAAGAUGAUUGAGGCUCGUGGAAGUUGCCUUGAAAGGAAAAAACGGGGCGUUAGAAUGAGUUUGGGGCCGGGGAGUUAUUGCAAAUAGUGAGUGUUGGGGAGGCUCUCUGAGGAAGUGUCGACGUGAGAUCCAGACAUACGAGGAGCACAAAGAAAAGUGUUCCUGCACAGGAAGCAGCAUGUGCCAAGGCCCUGAGGUUGGAGUGGCAGCCAGGAGCCCCAUCCAGAAUUCCCAGCCACCCAGGGCUGGUCCUGACUGCUCCUCCCACCUCGCAUUCAGGCCCCUCCUUUUCCUUUCCUCCCUUCAGGCCUCUGCUCUGGCACAGUUUCCUCAGAGAGGACUUUCCUGACCACUCUCCAAGUAGCAGCUGGCACCCAGGCCUGGUGCUCCCUGUCUCCAUUUUUCCUUCUUUUGUUUGGUGUCCCCCCUUCGCUGCUUCCCUGCACCAGCAUGUGAGGACAGGUGUGGCCUGUGUGUUCACCACUGUCUCUCCUGUGUCCCAAACGGUGCCCAGCAUGUAGUGGACACUCUGCACAUACCUGUCGAGGAGGUUGUUGGGAGACUGAGCCGAGCACAAAGUCCUGUGGCCGUCGUCGGGGCAGCGGGAAGGGGGCAGGCUCUGUGCAAGGAAGGGACAGCAGAGUCCCCAGGCUGCCGGAAGGGUGAGCCACCCCCAGGAGGUGUGGGGACUCAUGGCUACCACCUUGGGCCUUGGGUGGAAAUGGUGAGAAAUGAACAGAUCAGACCAUCAUUCUCCCCAACUUCUUCCCUGUGACUAUUAAAGGCCAGGUUUUGAUACUUGGGGUCAACUUGGAAGUCGAUGCCUCCUUGUGAUUUGCUGUAAUCAGUGUGUCACAGUCUCAGAGUUUCCAUGGAAACCAGCCCCCACACGGAGCAAAGCGACCUCGGCGCCUACCAUGGACUAGGGGUUACAGCAGGUGCCCGCUUCUCCCCCCAACCUCCCCAACCCUCCUUCUCCUGGCCCCUGAACCGUGUCAGUCUGUCCUUCCCUUCGGAGGUUACAACGAGAGUCCAUUGAAUGUGCUGCGGGCACCAGAUGCGGGGGCUCUGAGGGCCAGUCCCCCACGUUUUCUCUGUCCCCACAGCCAGGCGCUGGGAAAACCAGCCAGACGCUGCUGUGUUGCCGAUCAACCACACGGUCCCAUGUGCCCGGCUCAGCGGCGCCUGAGUGUCCGCGUUAUAGACCCAUCCCGUCUGACGCUUUGUGGAGAGGGGCAUAAAGUACCCGUGCUUAUGAGCCGAGGCGUCCCAUGUAUGGACGGAGGACUGAGGAGCCGACUGGCUGGUGGCCCUGCCAGGUCGGCCUCAGAGAUGCAACAGCAGAGCCCCAGGCCCAGGGGACAUGCAGACGGCACCUGCCUGCUGCUUCCUCCCGCUGCUCCGCAGAUCUUGAAUAAGCAAUUGCAUGAACUAAUGAAGAGACAGUUAUUGUAAAGAGUGUUUCUGAAGGAUUUAGAAUAGUGCUUACCUUGUAGGCCUGCACUGUGAGUGAUAGAAAUCGGCUCUGUCUACACGGCCCGUCCGCCACAGCUGCACCCACGGGCCAGAGGAACAAAGGGUCUCCGGCAGCAGGGAUGUCGUGGGGGAGCACCCAGGUCCUCGGGGCCAAGCACAGUGCCUGGAGCUCUGACGGCUGAGUCUUCAUUCUCCUGUCUUCUCCGAGGGAUCAUGGAAGACCACCUUGACCUGCUCUUCGGAGUGGUGCUCCUAGCCAGUCCUGUGCUGGCGAUUUCUUCCUGCUCCUCAGACGGUCAGCUAGCCUUGUACCGAUUCUGCAACCUCACCCAGGUGCCCUGGGUGCCCAGCACCACCAAGACCCUUCUGCUGAGCUUCAACUAUAUCGAGACCGUCACCGCCUCAUCGUUUCCCUUCCUGGAGCAGCUGGGACUGCUGGAGCUCGGGACUCAGUAUACCCCCUUGAGCAUUGACCGAGAGGCCUUCCGGAACCUGCCCAAUCUUAGAGUCCUGGACCUGGGUGGGAGCCACAUGCGUUUCCUGCAUCCUGACGCUUUUCAGGGGCUGCCCCACCUGUUUGAACUUCGACUCUUCUUCUGUGCUCUCUCCGAUGCUGUAUUAAAGGAUGGUUAUUUCAGAAAUUUAGAGUCUUUGACUCCUGACCUGUCCAAAAAUCAGAUCCGUAGCCUUUCCUUUCACCCUUCAUUCUGGGAAUUGAAUUCCUUGAAGUCCAUUGAUUUUUCCCUCAACCAAAUACCCAUCGUCUGUGAACAGGAGCUCAAGCCGCUCCAAGGGAGGACAUUCUCCUUCAUCAGCCUCGCUGCCAACAAUUUAUACAACACGGUCUCCGUGGACUGGGCGGAGUGUAUGAACCCGUUCAGAGACAUGGCGCUGGAAACCCUGGAUGUUUCUAGCAACGGCUGGACCGCGGACAUCACGGGGAACUUCAGCAGGGCCAUCAGUGGGAGCCAGAUCUCCUCUCUGGUUCUCACCUACCACAUUAUGGGGUCUGGGUUUGGCUUCCAUAACAUCAGGGAACCUGACCGGAGCACAUUUGCCGGCCUGGCCAGGAGCUCAGUGGUACGUCUGGAUCUUUCACACGGCUUUCUCUUCUCCCUGAACUCUCGACUCUUUGAGUCUCUCCAGCACUUGAAGGUCCUCAACCUCGCCCACAACAAGAUAAACAAGAUCUCAGAAGAAGCAUUUUAUGGACUCAACAGGCUGCAGGUUCUCAACAUGUCACAUAACCUUCUAGGCGAGCUUUAUAAUUCUGAUUUCCGUGGACUGCCUGAGGUAGCCUAUAUUGACCUUCAAAACAACCACAUUGGGAUCAUUCAGAGUGAGACAUUCCAAUUUCUGAAAGCAUUACAGACCUUGGAUCUCCGUGAUAAUGCUCUUAAAACCAUUUCUUUCAUUCCGAGCAUUUCUACCAUCUUCUUGGGCAGCAAUAAACUGGCCACCUUGCCGAACAUAAGGCUUACAGCCAACUUCAUCCACUUAUCAGAGAACAGGUUGGAAAAUCUGGACAGUCUCUACUUCCUUCUCCGGGUCCCUCACCUCCAGAUCCUCAUUCUGAAUCAAAAUCGCCUUUCUUUUUGCAACCCAGCUCACGCCCCAACGGGGAGCCUCAGCCUAGAGAAGCUUUUCCUUGGAGGAAACAUGUUGCAGCUUGCCUGGGAAACGGGCUUCUGCUGGGAUGUUUUUAAGGGGCUCUCCCGCCUCCAGGUCCUGUAUCUAAAUAACAACUACCUGAACUUCCUUCCGCCAGGAGUCUUUAGCGACCUCACUGCACUGAGGGGGCUCAGCCUCAGCAAUAACAGGCUGACUGUUCUUUCUCCUGGAGACUUGCCUGCUAAUUUGGAGUUCCUGGAUGUGUCCAGAAACGAGCUCCUGUCCCCUGACCCCGAUCUGUUUGCUGCCCUUAGUGCCGUGGACAUAAGGUUCAACAAGUUCAUCUGUGAGUGUGAACUCCAUCCCUUCAUCAGCUGGCUCAACCAGACCAACGUCACUGUGUUUGGGUCUCAUGCGGACAUCCUCUGCAUGUACCCGGCCUCAAUUGCUGGGAUCCCCCUCUCCUCUGUGUCCAUGGAGGGUUGUGACGAAGAGGAAGUCUUAACGUCCCUGAAGUUUUCCUUUUUCAUUUUAUCCAGUGUCACUUUGAUUCUGUUCCUCAUGGCCGUCCUCAUGGUCACCAAGUUCCGGGGGUUUUGUUUCAUUUGCUACAAGGCAGCCUGCAGACUGCUGUCCAUGGACCAGGCCAAGGGCAGCGGGUCUGAUGUGUACAAAUAUGAUGCGUAUUUGUGCUUCAGCAACAAAGACUUUGAGUGGGUGCAAAACGCUCUGCUCAAGCACCUGGAUGCUCAGUACAGCGAUCAAAACAGAUUUACCCUGUGCUUCGAGGAGAGGGACUUUGUCCCAGGGCAAGACCACAUUGCCAACAUCCAGGAUGCCGUGUGGAGCAGCCGGAAGGUGGUCUGCCUCGUGAGCAGACACUUCCUCCGAGAUGGCUGGUGCCUUGAAGCCUUCAGUUACGCCCAGAGCAGGUGCGUGUCUGACUUCGACGGUGCCCUCAUCCUGGUGAUCGUGGGGUCCCUGUCCCAGUACCAGCUGAUGAAGCAUCAGUCUCUCAGGGGAUUCGUGCGGAAGCGGCAGUAUUUGAGGUGGCCCGAAGACCUCCAGGAUGUCAGCUGGUUUCUUAAUAAACUCUCUCAGCACAUUCUAAAGAAAGAAAAGGAAACGAAGAGAGACGGCGACAUUCAGCUGCGAACUAUAGUGACCGUCUCCUAAUCGGCCAAUCCCAAGCCACAGACAGCUCUUUGUCUGCACUAAGAUACCGUUUUGGGGUCCUGUUUUGGAGUUUGUCUUUCCUACUAGGAACGCAACGAGCUGUUGAUUUUCAUAGCGACACCUUGCCUGGUCUUGCUGACCCCAACAUGGAAGGGAGUACUGUUUGCUUCUGGUGGGCCAACCACAGGGCACGCCCCAGUCACAGGACGGGCGCCAGGAGACCCUUCCCCAGCACCCAGGCUGUCCCUGCAGAGUGACACUAAGUGGGGCACACGGACGGAGAGGCGUGUCUCCCCCUGCAUGGGAACAGUGCCGUUGCUGGGUUUCGGUCCCUCUAGGGGUCGCGGUGACCCCCAGGAAGCCAGGAUGUCUUGCAGCCAUACCACACUUCUGUUCCGACCCUCGAGGUCUAACCUCUGUGAGCCACAAACGUUCUUUUUCCGCUCUAUUUCUUCCCACUCAUCAACUGUUCAGGCAGCUGCAGGGAAGACGUUGGGCUUUGGGCUCACAUCCUGGUUUGAGUCCUAAUUCUGCUCCUGUGGGCUGUGUGGCCCGGAGUGCACGAUGUGCCCUCUGUGGGACUGGUUUCUCGUGUGUGAGGGUGCUCAUCUCUACCAAGGGUGUCAGGCUUCGUAGAUCUUUCCCUGGUCACCCCGUAGGCCACAGGGGGUCCACACACUGAGGCGCCUGGGCAGGCAGUCAAAACUUCUUUGAGGUUGUAUUUUAUUUUUAUCUCAGAAGAAAUAUAUAUACACUUUGCA